AGGCUGGCCAGGCGGUGGCGAAGGCGGCGGUGGCAGCCGGCAUGGGCGAUGGGGGCGCCGAGCGCGACCGCGGACCCGCACGCCGGGAGGCGCGCGGCGGGCGCGGCGGGGACAGAGGCGGAGCGGAGGACUCGGGUGCUGAUGCUGGCCUCCGCAGCCCAAGGGAGAUUGCAGGGACCUCUGCUUCUAGCCCCGAGGGCUCCAGGGAGAGCGGCGCCGACAGCGACGGCCACCCCGGGCUCGGUGAGGCAGACCACUACCGCCGCAUCCUGGUGCGAGAUGCCAAAGGGACCAUCCGGGAGAUCAUCCUGCCUAAGGGUCUGGACCUGGACCGGCCCAAGAGGACCCGCACAUCCUUCACGGCCGAGCAGCUCUACCACCUGGAAAUGGAGUUCCAGCGCUGUCAGUACGUGGUGGGCCGGGAGCGCACCGAGCUGGCCCGCCAGCUGAACCUCUCCGAGACCCAGGUGAAGGUCUGGUUCCAGAACCGCCGCACCAAGCAGAAGAAAGACCAGAGCAGAGACCUGGAGAAGCGGGCGUCGUCCUCGGCCUCCGAGGCCUUUGCCACCUCCAACAUCCUGCGGCUGCUGGAGCAGGGCCGCCUGCUGUCCGUGCCCAGGGCCCCCAGCCUCCUGGCGCUGACCCCUGGCCCGCUGGGCCCGCCUGCCGGCCACAGGGGCACCUCACCGGGUGACCCCAGGAACUCCUCUCCGUGCCUCAACCCAGUGACCUCGGCCUCGGCCUCCCCGCCGCUGCCACCCCCGCGGCCAGCUCUUUGCUUUUCCGCUGCCGCGCUCCUGGACCUGCCUGCCUGCUAUGAACUCGGCUCCUCGGCCUUCGAGCCCUACAGCAGGAGACCAGGCAGCCCUGGCGGUGGCAAGAAAGCCAACGUGUAAGCCUCCACCCCCGUGACACUGAGUCCCCAAGCACCGCACGCCCCCGCCUCCCCUGCCCCGUGGACCGCCCGGAGCCGGCUCGCGGAGCGCAGGGACCAGCGCACGCCGGCCCGGCCGCCCCCCAGCUCAGAGACUGUCCACCGCAAGGCCUUGGUCCCACAGCUUGUGUGUGUGAGUGCAGUGUGCGUGUGUGUGCCGCUCACGGAAAUAAAAGGAAAACAAUGACAAGAAGGGAAACAAGAGUCCCCACAGCACCACCAGGGCUCUCAACCCCCUCUCUCCUCCUCACUGGGAAGGAGGACGCGCUGAGCCUGGGGCGCUCUACCGGGGCCGGGCGGAAACGAGAGCCACGAGAGCCA